AUGCUUCAGAUCUGGCAACAACAGGCCAAGAAUUGUGCGCACCGUCAGGAUGGCGUUGGCUGGGACAAAUUCAAUCAGUCCGUCACUGAGCAAAACCUGGCGGACCGAGUUCGGUACAUCCUGCGCUCCAACAUAUUUGGUGACGCCGAACUCGAACGACUACGACGUGAGGCUGUUCCCUCAUCGGAUGGAAAUGCUACGGCUGGGAAUGCGGCGCCACUAAUUGCGCAGCAAACUGCAAAUGUGGAUGCUGCCGUCAAUAUUCCAUUUGUGGUUGAUUCAGACGAUGAUGGAAUAGUCCCCCACGAACUAGAGAAAAUGAGGAGCAUAUUGGAAGAGUCGAUGCUCAAAACGCGCAGCAUGCCUCUCGAAAAUCGACUGCGACUUCCCCCAUACCGCUUAGCAAGCGAAAUCGGGCUGUCGUGCGGGCUCUUAACCAAAUGCUGGUGA